UUUUUGUCAUGCAGGAAACAAAGUACUUUUAAAGGCGUGCAGACAAGACAAAUACACAACUUACAUAAUCACAGGGUCUUGUAGGGUUUAAGCUUGUGAAAAGAAACCAAAUUUUUGAGGUUUGGCAGCAGUUUCCUGCGAACAAGAAGAAAAAAUGUUUUUCUCUUUCGCUUUAGUCGUGUUCACGAUACUACUAGGAGCCGCACAUACGGCAUCGGCCAUGGGAGAUCAACUCAUCAAAAAAGCAAAACAGGAACUAGUAAAGGGAUUCGAGGCAUACGACAGAGAGGUGCGGAAGCAGUUGAAAAGCCAGUAUGGAGAUGAACAGAAUAAUCCGGAAGGCAAAGUAGAGGCAACUCUAUCUUCGGGAUACAUAUUCCCGCAGUGGAGGAAACAAAGAAAUAGAGGAAAUAAAUUGCAACGGCUGUUGAUGCCGUGGGUGUCUGUUGAGGGAGAUGGUCAUGGUGGCGACUACCAGUACGGCGAUCUCCACGAGCUUGGGAGGCACAUCGCUUACGGUUAAGACGGUCUUAUAUGAUUCAUCACGAAGCAGGUUGGAAUCUCCUUAGAAGUGCAUGCCUACUUGGAAGUACGGGACUCCCAUCACAACUGGCCUCGAGUCAGGGUGGUGAUCAUGAUGAAUUUUAGAGACUCUAAAGGUAUUUUUGGAAGCGAAUCGCUAACCCGGCGUAUUCGGAAACUAUCGGCGAACUUAAGAUGGGAACCAGUGAUAGCGAUCGCUUCGUGGUCAAGGUGCCUCGGCAUUCUUCCGGCGGCCAAGUGUACAAGGAUGAACAUGGGGUACUACUUCCUGGCCAUUGGUUUUGCCUUAGGUGAUUUACUUUUCAAGGCUCGUCCAUGUCCAUCUCUCAUAAUAGUUCUUAUAUCAACUCUCUCUCUCCCCGGGCCGGAAUGCCCCGGGAGACAUUAAAGAAGGGAAAAGCGAUUUUUUCAGGGAUGUGGGCUUGCGUGAAUGGUUUCACCUAGUGAAAGAAGCGCCCGAAGGGCGCGCGCUCCCCUCGGCCUAGUGGUAAGCGGAAGCGGGAGGAGCAACAGGCAAGGCGGGGGUCGUCUUCGUGUGGUUUGUUGCCUUCCCCGCGAGGGUGCCCGAAAGCGAUAGCGAAAAAGAUGGGAGCCCAUUCCCAAGGUGGUCGCAAGCGCCGGCGGACAGUUAAACCCGGGAAGCUGUUGGCGCUAUGUUCACAGCGUCGGCCAUGGUCGGCGGGUGUUUGAUGUUUUUUCCUCUCCUCUCCUUUGGUCGCUCGUGGUCUCGCGCCCGAGCGAUAGUGAACAACAACAACGAAAACAGAGAAAGCGGCGCCCCGCGAGGGCUUUCCGUAGUGAUAGCGAAAGAGAUGGCAGCUCGUUUCCAAGAUGAUGGCAAGCAAGCGCUGGCGGGCAGUUGAGUGCGCAGCCCACGGGCGCCACUUCAAACGCGUUGGCCAUAGCUGGCGGAGGUGUUUUGCGGUUUUUUCUUCUCCUCGCCUUUGGUCGUUUGUGGCCUCGUGCCCGAGCGACAGCGAACAACAGCGCCGGACACAGAGAAACUUGAAGCCCGCGAGGGUGCUCGGAAACAAUAUCGCGAAAAGUGGGCGCCAUCCAGCCCGUGCGUUCCCAAGAUGAUGGCAAGGAAGCAAGCGCCGGCGGGCAGUUUAAAAACACGCAGCCCACGGGCGCCAUGGCUUGCGCGUUGGCCAUACUAGUCGGCGUGGGUGUUUGUGGUCUUCUCCUUUUCUCUCCUUUGGCUGCGUGAUUAAACGAUGGCGCGCCACAGCACGGAAAACAAAACAAGGGGAACGGGAUCAAAGGAGCCGGGCGUUGCUGCUGCGUAUUGUUGUAAAGGAACCGGAAGUCGCCGGGCGUUGCUGCUGCGUAUUGUUGUAAAGGAGCCGGAGGCCAUUGCUGUCGUUGUUGUUGCUGCUGUGGGGUCUGGGGCGCAUACAUAAGUCUGGCUUGAAGGUGUAAGGUCAUGCUGUUUGACUGUUGAGAAGAUGCUCACUCUGAGGAUACCACGAGAAGGAAGCCCGAGGGGCUUCGCUUCCUCUGCUAUUCAAGCACUGGAGGGGCUUUCGUUUGUGGGAUGACAUAGCUCCGCUCCUGCGUUUUGGGCUUCUCUUUCUGAGGGUAAGGGGGCGGGGGGAGCUAAAAGGAAGCAAGCUAGCAGGCUGCUACUUCAUGCUUGAAGCGUCGCGGGCCCUAAGUAAGCCCCAACCCUAUAAAGAAAAGACGGAGGCUGUGAGGAUUUGGCUGCAGCACACCUCGAAGCUAAAGCGGAGAGCGGUCGUCGCUGAAGAGAGGCAUUAGACCAGAUCACAUCAGCUCUGGCCCCGUCCUGGAGAGGGUCGCUCGCUUUUAAAGCGGUGAGAAUUUCUAUCAGAUUGCGUCUUGGUCUUUCAAAGGUUACACCAUAGGGAGCACCCAACAUCCCUCGCCCUCCUUUGUGCCUUUGUUUUUCACUCUCGGGAAUGUACCCAGGGGCAGGCAAUUCCCAUACUUCGCCCACUACAUUCCCACAAGCCUCAACACGCUGGGGACGAAUAAGCAGAGAGAAAACGCAGAAAGCCACAACGGAAGGCAAAGGGGCUAGCCCGGGAAGAACACAGACAGCCACAACACUAAGAGAAAAAAAGAAGAGUAUGGCAGUCUCCAGCAUUAGCCGCGCCUUCUACAUAACCCAGCGCGUUCGGAUUGUGUUUCUUGUCCUGUGAUGGUGUUCCUUUCUUUGGAUGUGUUGAAUAAGAAACACGACGAAACUGCUGCGGCUGUUGUCUCUCUGGAUAGGACAGAUUUGGGAGGGGGCUCCUUUGUAUAAGUUUAGUCAUUGCUGAGCAAGUGACUGACUUCAUGCUAUAAACCACCGAAAAAGUGCGAAGCUUUGUCUUGUUUGGUCGUGUUGCAGGAAGGCCUUAUCUUGUGCCGUUGUUUGUAGGUUUAAGCUGCGCCAGGUUUUCGCUGUGAUGGUUAAGCGAUAUAAUUGUGAAUAUUGCGACGAAGAUAAAAGGCGGCGGACGUAUCGCUUGAAAUGAAUUCAGAGGAAAGCGAAGCCAAUCUAUCAAGGAAGGCAAGAAAUUACAUACGUGACGGAGCAGCGCCGGCCAAUAUUAUAAACCAUAGCGCUGCACUUCAAUAAGGCUUGGACUCCCAUAGCAUGGCGUGGCUGUCCGUGGGGUGAAUUUCUGUAGGUCUUUUAGGCUAUGAACUUCGCGAGAGUUGUGCCCCCCACAGGUGUGCGGUUGCUACUGACUAGUAUGCAAGUGGUCUUUUAGCUGAUAAAGAGCCGCCAAGCAAGAACGCUGAAAGCGUACCACAUUGAGCGUUUCGGUUUACUGAAAAACUCUGCGCAUUCAUUUGCCUGCUUUCUUUGAAGGAAGAAGCUGAGAGAAAUAGAAGGGAAAAGGGAGAAGAAGUAAGAGAAAGCGAAAGAAAGAAGGGAGGAAAAACAGAAAGGCUUUGUUAGGUUUUUGAAAGUCGGGAACCGACUGAGCAAGCACAUCACUAAGCGAGAGGCCUCAGACCGUUGACGAUGGUGCGCCAUCGAUUUCGAUACAGUUGGGAAAUUCUUGAGCAAUUUCAUGACAAGACAAAAACUGAAAAAGCCAGUAGGGUUUUAGUUUACUACCCAAAGUACUACACUCAGACAGCAUUUCGUGGCUGAAACUGAAUGAGACAGAUCGCCUGGCGCGAUUUGGUUUAGCUUGUUCUAGCUAAGAAACAACUAGACUACCCAACCCAUUUACAGCUGGGGGCUGUUCAAGUCAUGGACUAAAAGCUUUUGGGUUAGCAUUCGCAUAACUUCGCUUGCUUUCUUGCGCUAAGUAAGUAGACUAAAAGUAGGCGUAGGCAACCGACGACGGGGAGACACAACCCGGCGGCGGAAGAUUCAACACUAAACACAUAGAAGACCCCUCACCACCAGACGAAAGAUCAAAAGGAACAUGCGCAGCCGGCAAAUUCGCGCGCUUCCUUGACGAAAAUAAAGAACGCACGUCCUGGAGGAUAGUCGUCGCGUCCUCUUUUCUCGUGGCGUCUGGUCUUCUGCUUUCGGCUUCGUUUUCCUUCGUGCAGAGUCCAGGAAUGCAGCCUACAACCUCGCCAACAGCUUCAAAGGAACUGCCCCCAAAUGUUCAAACUCCUAAGGGAACGAAAUAGAUAAGGAGAAUACGGAGGCAGCCACUGAAGAAAUUCGUCGCUUUUGGCGCUCAACUGAACAAACGUUGAGACAGAUAGGCUACGCUUCGAACCGGGGCGCACUCGAAGUGCAAACCGGGCUUCGGCGUCUUCGAGCCGAACUUAGACACCUUCGGGAGCAACUACUUCCACCCGAGACAGAGCAGUCGCGUCUGCGACCAUCGUGAGGAGUACGCAAAUCAGGAGGGGGAUCGACGUACUUUCGUGAUGGUGCACGAGCAACCGGCGACGCAUUCCGUCGAGUAUGCAGAGAGCAACGAAUCCACUUACACAGCAAAUUCGUGAGACAGUUGCGAGUCUCGAUUUCAAGACCACAGCUUGGUCGUUUCAAGGUCGAGCGUAACACUUUCGACGCGGGGGUCUACUCCCCUGCCGGUAUUAAUAUACCACGCUCACGAUUCAGAUUUAUCUGAGAUUGUUUCUCCUUGGAUGUUUCAAGCCUGUUCUUCAACUUCCACGUGCUGCGACGGGUACUCUCAUGGAUGCGGCGGCCGUGGGGGGAACCGGUUAGACCGUCUGGCGUUAGCUUACGGCCAUUUUUCUGAGACGCGACGUCUCGCUGCGGUCAUUUUUCUGGACACAGCGUGUUCUACGAAAAUUUCAAGUGGGUUGCGGUACGCUUGGCCUGGGAUUCUGGCUUUACGUUGGGGCCGGUUUCGAGUGGGUUGCGGUGUGUUUGGCCUUGCGUUCUGGCUUCGCGUUGGGAUCCGGUUCCAAGUGGGUUGCGGCGCGCAUGACUUUGGGCCUUGGCUUUACGUUUUGCCCGAGUUUCAAGUGGGUUACGGUACGUGCGCGCGACUUUGGGUUUUAGCAUACGCUUAGCUCGAUUUUCAAGUGGGUUACGGGUUUGCCUUGGAUUGCGUUUGCUGGCCUUGGGUUACGUUUUCGCCUUAGGUUACGCGCUACAUUGGGUUACGUUUUACUUUGACGCACGUCCGACCUUGGGUCUCAGCCUACGGCGGGAUCCGCAUUCCAAGUGGCUUAGCGUACGCUUGGCCUUGGGCUGUGGCCUACGUUGGGGUCCUAGUUUCAAGUGGCUACCGUACGUUUUACCUUGGGUUGCGCUUACCUACCUCGGAUUACGGUUCUGCCUUGGGCGGCAGCGACGUCGGCUGCUGCGUCGUGGAGUCUUCGUCUCCAGUCUUAGCCGUUUUGUCACGAUUUCGCGGCUUUUCCGCGUGAGCACAAAAAUAAAAAAGCCCACUCAUAGGGGGGAACUACUAAGGGCACCCGAUCAGUCACUAAAUCGACGCUAUAUCUUUCCCUAUAUUUUUUGGGGUUUUCCCUUUUCGUCAUAUGUACUAGCAGUGGCGCCGAUUUCGGAACUCGAAGUCGGUCGCUCAAAAUCGGUCGCAUCGGUCACAGGGAGCGCGUGCUUGUCAGUUCUGCCAAGCGCGUCUCUUUUUUUACUUGUACCCAAAGAAAAAAAUCACUUGCACCCAAAAAAAAAAGUAGCAAUGAGGCGGUCGCAGUAGAGGCACUGGGCCAGGCCGUCGAGCGACCUCUCCGCGGCUGCACGAAGCCGGCAAAACUUAUGGGCUUUGUUUGAUAGCCAGGCAACCGCUUGCAGUAUUACAGAGGGCCAAGGCCUUUCGACCGGUUGCGAAGUUAGUGCACCUCCUGACUCUGGUCGGCGGCGUGGUUCGACGGCGGUGCGCUUUGAUGUGGGGCGCCACUAGCAGGAGCGGCCAGCAAGUGUGGCCGCUGUGUCUGUCUUGGCGCUGCUGCUUCUCAUGGGGUUGGAGGCUCGCCACGUGUUGAGGGAUGCUGGGACCUCCUCGCGAUCGGCGCAGCGCACCAGCCUCGGCGCGUGUCUUGCUCUAGUUGUGUGACCAAGCAGGAGGGGGAGACGCCUCGCCGUGUUGCUGCUCUCUGCUGCUACAGUGGGGCCGCGGUUUUGGACUCGCUGUCGCUGGCGAUGCUCUUUGGUGUGGGUCAUGACAUGCCUGGGCUGCUUCGGCGGGAUAUUGAUAGAAGUCCAUCACCGUCACCGCUGUGCCCAUUGGGGGAGCGGUUGACGCUAAACGGCUUAGUUACAGCUAUGCAGCGUCUUGCGCGUCGUGGAUGGUCAUGGGAUGGCUCUGCUCGAAGGCGACGCGCUUCGCUGAAAGAAGCGCAGACAGGGGCGGGCGAUGCUUGCAUGUCUUCGCUCACGGAGAUGGCCCAACAAUACUAAGCAAGCUGCGGAAUGUUGCAAAUGGCUGGGGCUGCUCCUCGGUCGACUUCCGUGGGGCCAACGGUUUCAGGAGCUUGCCCACAGGUUCGGACCAGGGGAGUCAGGUUCUGCCAGGUGGUUGGCGGCUUUGCUGCGUGUAAAAAGUCCGCAAGAGCACGGGCCGACGUGCGUGGUUUGCUUUGGUAUUGCUUGUGUUGUGUGCGUUGUAGGCGGGGUUGGAGGGAGGUGCAUAAGGAUACAUCGGCACGCAUGCCCCAUGGCAGACGCGUCCCGGGUUUUCUUCUGUGUGAUGAAUGGCCGCGCCGUAUCAAGUGACAGCAACAACGAGCGUGACGCACCGUCGUGGCCUUCUUAGUUAAAUAGCCCGCGACGCCGGGGGUGUUGCCAAUCGCGUACUUGCUGCCAUUCAGACUCGCCCCUUUUCAUUGUCGGCCCCAACAUUUGUCAGUGGGGGCUGAUAGAUGAACGCGCAACGCUAGUGCGUAUUGUGGUUGGCAGUUAUUUCGGUGCGCCCAUUCACACCCCCCGCCCCCUCUUAUAAUCUUGCGGGAGUAGGGGGGUGAGCUGGAUGCAGCUGGCGCCUCAGCAUGUGAAAGAGGAGGAGGCCACUGGCCUGGCGCUUUGGCUUGGCGUAAAUAACUUGGAGCGCGUGGCUUCAUUGUCUCGACGUGCCAAAGCCAAAAGCUGGAAAGUAAGGGAUGACUGAAGGCGCGGGAAAGGCGCCAGCGAGCUGCUGAGAAGGCUCGCGCGGGGUGGCCACAAGCGCGCUCCUUAGUGGUAGCAGUAGUGGAAAGCCACCUGCUGGCAGGAAGAGUGAAGAGGAAAAUUGGAGAUGAGGAGUCAGUGCGCCUGCGAGUGCGGCAGCCGUUCCCGCUUCAUCCUUGAGCAGGGCCCAAAACGUGAAGAGGCAAGGGACUGGCGGGGCAUCGGCUUCAGCGCCAGCCCCGAAGACGGGCGCAGCGCUUCCUUCGGCAGGCGCAGACGCUUGGGACUGGAGUCGGCCGGCUAAUCACAGGCAAGCAACACUGCAGCAAAGCAAAGGGCCAACGCUGCACGCUGCGGACAGCAGCAGACGAGACACAGGCGCCCCGCUGGUGUCGGUGAGGGGCCACCGGAUUCGCCGCCCUUUCAUCAGCUAAAAGGCUGCGCAACCACCGGAGAGGAUGGAAGACGCAGAGAGCCUCGAGGAGUGGGCGCCAAGCUUCCAGAGCACAAGAAACAAAGAGAGACGCCCCUUCAGUGAUGGGCUCGCUUGCUCUUGUCUGGUCUCGGGUCGGUGCUCUUUGGUGGUUCGUCUGCUUUCAAGGUGCUGGAGAUGAGCAGCGAGCGAGCACGCAGGGCAGAGCCUCCGCAGCGGGUUUUAGCUGAAGGACUAGCUGGGGAGGAACCUCUGGGAGUCACAAGCUUAGGAGCGGAAGAACGGCAUGCGCAACAACUGCAGCGACAACAAACGGCAGCGCCGUCGCGUGUGCUCUCAGGCCAACGAAGUCCAGUAGCUUUGCUGAAGCUGAACAACUACAGCAAGAACAAGCAGAGGAAAACGGGCGCCAGCUGGUUGAUGAACUCCACCAGAAUGCAGACGAGGGGCAGAGCGUGGCGGCCGUCGUCUUGGCUGACAACGGUGGGACUCUUGGCAACUUUUUAGAGGGAGCUGACACGAAUGACAAAAAAGACGCAAGGGCGCACAACGAUGAGAGACCCAAAAGCAAAGGGGGCGGAGAGGUGUUUGGUGUGUGUCAGUCAAGACCAGGGGCGGCAGGGUGCGUGAGGGAGUUGCCGAGAGUAGGCUACCAAGAGCAAAGCAAAAGCGCUCCGCGUCAGGCGUGUGGCCCGCCGAGUGCGGGGGCCUUGCGAAAAGUGUCGAAGCAAGCAACAUCUUCAAGAGUUUUAUUUUGGCCAUGUUCUUCAGCUAGUCGAGCGGGCUCAGGGCCGAGGGCGGCUGAUUUGUUCACAGAAAGAAGCCAGCGGGCGCACGCGUCGGGGCUGACCAUGGUAAGCCUUAAGACAGAGAAGGCCCACUCACUCUGCUAAGAUCUUCAGACGCUUGCGAGCUUGUAGGGGACUCUUCCCUGGUGGGAGAGACGUUCGCGCAGUUUCGCCGUGUUCUUAUUCGGCUGGUCUGCAUCUGACUGCGCUAGAAGUGUCGGGCUUUUUCUAUGUCAAAGCCACAAAGGGCGGCCUGAGCAGUGGCUCGGGCUUCUCUUCGGCUCCCUUUGUUCGUUCACUUUGACACGCGUCAGAGGUGAAGCUGGGGCAGUUUCUUACUGGGUUGGUGCUGAUGCAAGACGACACCUUGACGGCGAUGAAGGCACUUAAAAUAAGGCAAGCAAGAGGCAAGGCAGAGCGCCCCGUGGAGGGGUUUUCCGCGUCUCUCCGUCAUCUCUCUGCGCUUCUCCGCUUCAAGUUGAAGCGCGUCACCUGGUGGGCUUUUCGCGUAGACCUCUUUACUGUGUCACGGUUCUCAAAGUGCUUGGCUUCGACAAUGAGACAGGCUACUGCGGCGCUGAUUUGGUUUCUCCUAUAUUUUUUGCCUUUUUCUCCUAUAUUUUUUGAGUUUUUGUCCUGUGUUUUUCAUAUAUUUUCCAAAUAAAUAUUUUUGCUAUAGUUUUGCUGUAUUUUUUGACGAAACAGCACCAGGAGCCAAGUCCCGUCUCCGAAAAUAACAUGCAAAAAAUAUAGUAAAAAUAUAGGGCAAAAAUGUGGAAAAAUAUAGGCGCAAACGGCAAAAAAUAUAGGCAGAACGAAAUCAGCAACGCAGUAGCCUGCCUCGAUCUUGAAACGUGUCACCGUGAGAACCGUGGCAAGGUAAAGGGGUCUCCGGUAAGGGCUCGCCAAAGCGAUGCGCUUCAGGCUAAGGCGUGGCGCAAGUAGCUGAGUGACCGGCCCACGUCAAGGGUGAAGCUGUGCUUUUUGUUGCGUCAAUUAGACUAGUCGGGCAGGGCGUGGAUCUCCAUAAAAAACCUCAGCAAGGCCUAAGCAAGUCCAGGCGGUACCGCUGAGGGGCUUCGUGCAUAGAGUGGCUGGGCGGGAUGCCUUGACUGAGAGAGAGGCAAAGACGCUCCAGAGGGGGCGCGCAGCUUGUCGCCGAUGGAUCGGCGGCGACAUGGCUGCGGCAUGGUUGUGCCUCGCCUCUGCAGUAGCGGGCAUGUCGUUGCCCGAGCAGCGUCUUGGCUGAAAGGCGACCUGCCUUAGGGCUGAGCAGAUAAGGGGCCCUCUCGCUCUCGCCGUGGCGGUCUUGCCGCUUCCUUGGUCUUUCUGUGUGGUGUACAUAGUCGAGAAACAUGGCACGCAGCGGAAAGGAGAGCAAACACGAGGGGAGGCUGAGAAUUAGAGAGGCAAGCCCAACUUUCGCGCAGGAGGGUCCCCGUAGCGUAUUCAGAUCGAAGUGGGUCGCGGCAGUGAAUGAGCUGCAGCAGAUUGAAGGCGCACACCGAUAGGCGCACGGGCUCAGACUCUGAGCAAAAAACGCGGAGCGGGUCCGCCCUCUUCAUAGAAUCGAAGGGAUGGGCGUCGGAAGUGGUGCGGGGUUUAUCUCUGUCGCGAUCGGUGUGGCUUCCGUGUGUGUGGUUCAUCGCGCUACCCAUUGAGGCGCGAGGCUUCCGCGGCCGCGAGUAGUGGCGCCGGCUUGUCUGGUUUCUUGUUUUUUGUUUCUUUCUGUUUCUGCUGUCUCGGAUGCGUGUCUGCCGCUAUGUGUGGCGUUCUGCUGCACAUCGGAAGCAGGGGCCUUUCUUCUGGCUCGUGUUUCUCUUGGUCUUGUCGUUCCUCUUCUUGGACUCGCCAUCCGGCGUGGCUGACGUUGGCUCGCUUGCGAGGCGAAGAAGGUAGCGCCUGGGCGUGGUCUCCGCCGCUCUCUUGACUAUUCUCCCAGCGCAUGGGCAAGGUAUGGGCUUGGCGUGCUGCUUCUGAGUGACGGGAAAGAAACGGGCAGCCCAGUCUCUUAGCUGGUUGAAUGACUUGCAGGGCCCGCAGGCUGAUGCGUAGAGGAUCUAGAGGGCAGCCAAAGCGAGCACCAGGCACACAAAAACAGAGCGGGCAGCGCCUGCGCCGGCUUUCUUACAGAUACUGGCACUGCAGCCGGUGGGGCUCUUCUGUUUGUUCUCGUUGUUUUGGUUUGUCGUGUUGCUUUUGUUGUUUCUGCUUUCUUGCCUUUGUGAAUCGGUAAGGGCUCAGCGCCUUGCGUGCCCACUAUCUUAGAGCUGUGGGCGAUGAAGGACCGCGACAGCCAGGCGAAAAAACUCGCGGGCCUUGUGCUGGAGUUGUGGUUGUGGUGAUAAAAGCAAGAGGCAGGCAGCCCCAUUCGCUGCGCAAUCGGCAUGGGGAUGGGGCUUGGCUGUUUCUCUUUUUCUCUGCUUUCUUCCUUCUGGUUUCAUUCUUGCCCCAUUUGGGGGCCACAGCUCUGACGGCUUUGCUGUUCGUUGUUGUUUACCAGGGCAGAACCCAAACGCCCGGCACGGUGUGGCAGGCGUGGAGGGCUUCGCGGCAGGCGCAGCUUGCUUGUUGAUGGCUUCACGCUUAUGCUGAGGCAGCCUGGCCAUGCUAGCGGCCGCGGCUGUUGUGGGUGGUUGGCGUUGUUCUUGGUAAUCGUUUCUCGCUUUGGGCUUGGAUUUGCUUCGGCUGGUCUUGACUAUCUUGGCUGACGUAUCAGCUCACGCCUACGCAGUAGCGCUUCGCCCAUUCUUGGAAUCAGAGCGCGCGGGCCUGGCGCUGGCGGGUAGGAUGUGCUCGCCAUUUUCGGUCUUCGUUUCGCGUGCUUCGUGGUUCUGCCUUGUUGGGUGAAUUUUAGACGCUUGGAGGUGUCCACAUCCAUGAGGGGACAGAAAUGGAGAGAGGGCCUCGUGGCUCUGUCUUGGAGUUGAGCCUUCUGAACUGUCUUCAGCGGUUCGCUAGGGGUGACGGUGUGGCGCUAGUGUUUGUGGUGGUGCAGCUUGUAUUUGUUGCGGCUUUGGUGUGCGUAGGGUCUUUCUUCUUGUGUUUGCGUGGCUGUAUGCGUCCGUUCGCGUUUCUUUGUUGGUUGAUUAUAAUAGCAUCCAGAAAUCUGCCAUGUGCAUGGGCCGCAUGUUCAUUUUUGGCGCGGGUGUUUUUGGUUCUGGUGUUUCUGGUUCAAGUAUUUGCGCCUCGCGUGUUUUUGGUUGCGGGAGACGCUUUAUUCGGUUCAGGUGUGUUCGGUUGAAGGAAGUGCUUCUGUUUCGGAAGGUUGCGGGGAAAUUGUUGAAGCCUUAUGUGCCUCGUCUUUAGUAUUAAUUUUGAUUCAAUUUUUUCCCCUUCGUUAUCUCAUCUUCAGAUACAUGCCCAAGUGCAUAUCCGUGCCACCGCGAAUGCUCUUUGCUUCGACCUUGCUGCAGAUAACAUCUUAAAGACGAAGACGAUGAUGGUUGAGGCAAUGUGGGCGGACGGCGGCAAAAUACAUACAAUACAAAUUUAUGAUCAAGAUCUACAGGUAAAAACUCCUGGGCUACAAACAGAUUCCAUCGCCACUGAAGCUACAAGCGAACCUGAGGUCGUAGAUGAAGACCUAGAACAACAAGGUGAAUCCACUCUCGAGGACGACGAUGAACAAGAUUCUCCUCCUCACAACUCUGGAGGUUCCAUCGCUCCUGAGUUAGAGGACCUUCGGGUAGAAGAGGUAUCCACUCCGCCGGACGACGAUAAACAAUAUUCUCCUCAUCACUUCCCUAGAGGUUCCAUCGCUCCUCAGUCAGAGGAACUUCGGGUAGAAGAAUUCGCAUCCACUCUCGAGUACGGCUAUGAAAAGUCUCUUCCUCCUCACCAGCACCGUAGUAUGGGAAGUGCUGGCUUAGUGCAAGCAAGCGCGACAUCUCGGAAGGACAACAAGUACAUCGCCACUUCCUUCUCCCACAAGGUCCUAUCUUCUGCUUACAACAACCCAGCACUCCUCGUCCUUGGUUCUAGUGUGAUCAUUCUGGUGGGGCUUCUGUUUUGUUCGAAGCGCGCGCGUCGCACUGCGUUCCAGCUUGUUCGCGGCUGCGAACAGCACUCGGACUCGCGUGAUCAGCAGGACGUCACAGCGUCCACAAGCAGCGGCGAGGGCAUCUAUGGUGCCCUGGAGAAAGGUGAAGAAGUGGACCACGAGGAGAACAUCACAGUGUCCACGACCAGCGACGAGGGCACCUAUGGUGCCCUGGAGAAAGGUGAAGAAGUGGGCGCGGAGAUCUCGAUCUCGUAG